AUAGGGUGCCAUUUGGGACGUAAUGCCUCUUGUCUUUCAUUCUCUAUGUUACCUGUAUGUUCCCAAUAUACCAAAGGAAAGGACAGUCAGGAGAUGACUCUUCACUCCACUGGGGUUGACCUACCUGAAAACUAGCACAGAGGGUAAGAGACAUUCUGAUUUCAUAUGAGUAAUAUUAAAAUGUUGUCUAAUAUGAUGAAUAUUACAAAUUACUACACAACAUGAAUUACAUAUUAUACAACAGCACUAUAAAAUUUAAGCCACAACUGAUCUAGUACAAACUUAGUUAUAGAUGAUUAUCUUUAACCCCAGACAAUUACAUGCCCAAGAAAAACGUUUUUUAUGUUGUCACAAUUCAAACGUCAUUUUGAGCAGCUCUGUUUUACUGUGUUUACAGAACUCCUAUCCAAAACAGAAUGAAGUCGCCAGUUCUUGUGACAUGUUUUGUGGGACUGUGUAUGUGGCACAUUGCACUGUCACUGAAAAUCUGCGCCUUCAACGUUCAGAGCUUUGGCGAGGCGAAAGCUAAAAACAAAAAGGUUAUGGGAAUUCUGAUCAAGGUAGGAGUAAGAGACAAGAAGUGUGAAGACAGCUACUACUAAACAACUAAUCCAGACAGCUACUACUAUACAACUAAACUAGACAGCUACUACUAAACAACUAAACUAGACAGCUACUACUAAACAACUAAUCUAGACAGCUACUACUAAACAACUAAUCUAGACAGCUACUACUAAAUAACUAAACUAGACAGCUACUACUAAACCACUAAACUAAACAGCUACUACUAAACCACUAAACUAGACAGCUACUACUAAACAACUAAUCUAAACAGCUACUAAUAAACAACUAAUCUAGACAGCUACUACUAAACAACUAAACUAGACAGCUACUACUAAACUACUACUAAACAACUAAACUAAACAGCUACAACUAAACAACUAAUCUAGACAGCUACUACUAAACAACUAAACUAAACAGCUACAACUAAACAACUAAACUAGACAGCUACUACUAAAGCACUAAACUAGACAGCUACUACUAAACCACUAAACUAGACAGCUACUACUAAAGCACUAAACUAGACAGCUACUGAUAUACAACUAAACUAAACAGCUACUACUAAACAACUAAACUAGACAGCUACUACUAAACAACUAAACAGCUACUACUAAACCACUAAACAGCUACUACUAAACUAGAGAUCUACUACUAAACAACUCAACUAGACAUCUACUGCUAAACAACUAAACUAGACAUCUACUGCUAAACAACUAAACUAGACAGCUAUGGGAGAACAAGAAUGAAGAGCGACCAACCAUACACUAUGUUUAUCACCAUUGAAUUAGAACGUCACAAACAGAGUAUGUGAGCUGAACAGAGCUGGAGAGGAGUUGAGCGUGCCCAAUGUGACUGGAGCGUGGAGCGAGAUUCCCAAAGGCUGGAGCGUCUGUCGGCGUUCUUGCCCGCUCCAAUAGCGCUCAGGGCACGCACGCCCCAGCAUGCAUUUCUAGUCUACUUGUGUGCUGCUAAUAGCUCUUGCUUUAACUACUGUCUUGGGAGUUCGCACAGGUGCUAAACCAAGGCGACUUACAAAGAUGAGGACCAAGAGCAAGAGAGGGAGUGCGGUGAUGUAAUGUCCGCUGUUAUGUGUUAGGCUUGGAUGCCACCUGCUGGUAUGGUGCUAAACUGUUGCCAUUGCCGUUGUUCUACGGGCGGGAUAUGGCAGUUGUUACACGAUGGCUACAUGAAACAUCCACAACUAAAGAAUCAUUGUGGGAUCUUAAAAGACACUUAUCCCAAAAGUAUGAUGGUGUACUUAUUACUACAUGCUGAAAGAAAGGAAUGAGGUGGGUAGAUAACUAAGUGUGUCAUUGUAGCAAAGUAUUUAUAAACUAAAGAUCAGAUCUCUUAAACGUUUCGUUCAUUUUCGUUCUAUUAUCCAUACAAUAUGCCAUAAUUGAUUUUGGCCCAAUAGGCCUGCCAUAUUCCCACGUUCAAGGAGCUUUCCGUUUUGAUUGCUUUAUUUUGCUUAAAAACCUUUAGGCCUACCUAUAGAAACAUUUAAAAACAGCUCUGCAUCUCUGCCCAGCCUGGCAAGAGUGGCCAAAGGGGUGUAUAGCAUCCCCAGUGGCUCUGCAAAGGUGGAGAGGAUAUUCUCAGCUGCUGGCCGGCUCUCCAGGCACCAUGGAGAGGAUGUUCUCAGCUGCUGGCCUGCUCUCCAGGCACCAUCACAUGAGCCUGAAGCUACAGACUGGCCACACUUUGAAUUUUAAAAAUGAAUUCAAAGGCACUAAUAAGUCAUUUUUCGUUUAAUUUGUAUUUAAUUCUAAGUAAGUCACAGCCUAUAUGCUUCUGCACAGGUCCUAAUCCAGGCACUUGUCAUCUCCCGUCUGGAUUACUGCAACUCGCUGUUGGCUGGCCUCCCUGCCUGUGCCAUUAAACCCCUACAACUCAUCCAGAAUGCCGCAGCAGUUCUCUCACGUCACCCCCCUCCUCCGCACACUCCACUGGCUUCCAGUUGAAGCUCGCAUCCGUUACAAGACCAUGGUGCUUGCCUAUGGAGCUGUGAGGGGAACGGCACCUCCGUACCUUCGGGCUCUGAUCAGUCCCUACACCCAAACGAGGGCAUUGCGUUCAUCCACCUCUGGCCUGCUGGCCCCCCUACCUCUGCGGAAGCACAGUUCCCGCUCAGCCCAGUCAAAACUGUUCGCUGCUCUGGCACCCCAAUGGUGGAACAAGCUCCCUCACGACGCCAGGACAGCGGAGUCACUCACCACCUUCCGGAGACAUUUGAAACCCCACCUCUUUAAGGAAUACCUGGGAUAGGAUAAAGUAAUCCUUCUCUCCCCCCCCCCCCCCCCCCCCCCCCCAAAAAAAAAAAACGUGUAAAGUGGUUUUCCCACUGGCUAUAGGGUGAAUGCACCAAUUUGUAAGUCGCUCUGGAUAAGAGCGUCUGCUAAAUGACGUAAAUGUGCCCUUGAGCAAGGCACUUAACCCUAAUUGCUCCUGUAAGUCGCUCUGGAUAAGAGCGUCUGCUAAAUGACUAAAAUGUAAAAAUGUAAAUGUAAUAUGCACAAUUUAUAGACUAUAAUGAUUUAAUACAACGAAAUGUUGUUUAAAUGCUGAGCCCUUUAUGUCCCUACCAGCCUAUUGUGUUGCACUCGCAAAUGCUUCACGAUGUAUUUCUUUGUAGGCUAUAGGCUUUAAAUAAUAUAGCCUAAAUAAAUCAUUUUCGUUCGUUCUUAGGCUCCCUGUCUGGCUCCUGACCUAUUUAUAGUGUUUAUAUGCUGUUUAAUAUGACAUGUAGCCUAUUUGAAAUUAUGUUCGCUUCUAACGUUCGCCUUUUCAUGUUUAUUCACAUACUUGUAAUUCAAAUCCAUAUGGUUUGGUUUCAAUACUUAAAAACCAAUUGAUAGGUCCAGGUAGUCACAAAAAUAGAUGGGUGUUGGUUAAAUUGUGAUUUUAAUGAAUGAAGCGAAUUUGGAGAGAGUUUUUUUUUUCUGUGAGUGUGGAGCGGUUUUUAGCAGAGCAGUAGGAAAGACAUGGAGCACCGGAGUGGUGGGAUUUCCAACCGCUCAACUCCGCUCACAUGCUUUGGUCACAACUAUUCUGUGUUCAUUAUUAUGGUAUUUUGAUAUCCAACAAUAUAACCAAAAGCUGUUUCCCUCCCCUCUCCCCAGAUUCUUGCUCGCUGUGACCUGUGUUUGAUCCAGGAGGUUCGAGAUGCUAAAGGUGAAGCCAUACCUACACUGGUGAAGGAUCUUAACAGGUACAUAACAAGGGGGGUCUUUAAAUUGCUUUGUUGACCUUCGGUGAUCUUUUAAAUGUGUGUUAUGUUUUUAGAUAUGGAUGAGGCAGAGAGAGUCAGGUUAACAUGUUUACUGAGGUAACAUGGCAACAACACAGGUCAAAUACAGCAGGGUCCUUUACCUUCAUAUAGAAUUAACCCUUUAUAAGACAUUUACAGUAUGUUGAGAUUUAAGUCUUAUCAUGAUUAGGGUUCUAAUCUUCACCUGAUGUCUGUUUGCCAUUCCACCAUCAGCUUUGACAAAUCACAUGCAUACUCCUACAUAGAGAGUAUGAGACUGGGGAAGAACACGUACAAAGAGCAAUAUGUCUACAUUUACAAGUAAGCCAUUACGUUUUUUACACAGGCUUACAAUACACUCUACAUUUUUGAGAUAAGAAUUUUUGAAACACUGCAGUGUUUCAGUACUGCAGCACUCCUCUCUGUGGAUUGAUUGGAUGGUUGAUUGAUUAAUUGAUUGGCUUGAAUCAUCUCUAGGAAAGAUGUGCUGCAGGUCCGAGAGCAUUGCCAGUAUCCUGAGCUAGAGAGAGGAGAGGGGACGAACAACGACACCGAGGUUUUCUCCAGAGAGCCUUUCAUUGUCCGGUUUCACUCGCCCACUACCUGUGAGAACCUUCAAUAGAUCAAUCACUGUCUUAAGUUAAAAUGUGAUGUCAUCUCAUAUCAUGCAAUCUGGAGACAGGAACGUGCCAUGUGUUAAAGGAUUGUAGGAUACCUUAUACAGAUAGUUCUAGCCUGGUCUCACAUCUGUUUGUGCUGUCUUGCCAGCCAUUGACCAUAGGGGUUGUCAAAACAGCACAAAUCAGUGUUGUGUUCGAGACCACCUAAAGCGAGACCGUUUCAAGACCGGAGGGGGGGGGGGGGAGAGACCGAGUCAAGACCGAGACCGAGACUGGGAGAGGGACGAGGGGUUCGAGACCCAGUAAAGAACGAGUCCAACUCAAGACCAUGAUUGUACUAACUCGUGACUGCCGGUAAUACAGUCACCGUAACAGCCCUAGGUGGGACCAUUUUUACAAAAAUAUUUGGAAACUUCUGCCACAGAGUUUCUAAACCUAGUUGUACAACAUCGCGAGACUUCCGAAACAGACCAAACAGACCAGGCUAGGGGUUUGGGGUUUGAGAAGUCAAUGAGAGAAAUUAAAAUUAGUUGUACAUUCUUUUUUUCUAGAAAUCUAAAGGCACGACAUAGAUUCGAGCCAAUGUCUUAAGUAGUUGAAUAUGUUAUUACUCUAACCUCGUGAAAGUGACAAAAUAACAAAUUUUUUAUCAAAAACAACUUUAUAUCGAAGGAGUGACUUUUGAUUUGACGGCCUGCACAUGCGCAGUUCGGCGCGAGACGACCGUUAGAUCCGAUGACGUGUUUCUACACAUGAGCUUAGCUAGCCAAUGUCGCCAUGACAUCGCCUACAAGUGUGAUCAGGGAUUUCUAUUGGAGAAGCGCAAUAGCGAGCAGUAGUUUACCCACGGUCUAGCUAGCUAGCUUUUGUUUUAGGCUAGUGUGCAGCGGCUGCAGCAGGUGUUAUCGAAGAGGAUGUUGUUGCUAAUUUGUUAGCUUCGCCCUUUUGAAGAUUAACUUUCAACAAGAAGUUAAGCUUCAAAUGAUCAUCAUCUGGUGAGUGGAACCGUGCUUUUUGUUGCGGUGCGCUUACUGUUGUUAGCCAAUCUCUUUGAAAAUAACUUAUGUGUGUGAAACGUUGUUGAAUUUAAGCUUUAGAUCACUGGUUACUUUGUGUGCUGAAUGAUUUUUUUUGUUGUUGUUGCAAUGGGAAGUAAUAGUUGUACAUUUCAAUUGGGAAAUGCUUAGCCUAAUGGUUGUGUUUUUGUAGUCUUAUGAUUGGGACCUACUGGCCCUUUUUUUGUCCAAGUGAACGGACUGCUUAUCCUUUAACAUCAUGCUGUGUGACUGCUUAUCCUUUAACAUCAUGCUGUGUGACUGCUUAUCCUUUAACAUCAUGCUGUGUGACUGCUUAUCCUUUAACAUUAUGCUGUGUGUGACUGCGGUCUUCCCAUCAUCCCCAUGUGUUUUACUAGAAAAGUCUCUCUCCUACAUGGAGUAUUACAGUCGCUGUCCUUACAGCAUCACAAGCCUGUCACACACAUCCUGUUGUCGCUUUUGGUGAUAGUGAUGGCGUUAGGUCCUCUGUAGCUCAGCUGGUAGAGUGCAGCGCUUGUAACGCCAAGGUAGUGGGUUCGAUCCCCGGGACCACCCAUACACAAAAAUGUAUACACGCAUGACUGUAAGUCGCUUUGGAUAAAAGCGUCUGCUAAAUGUCAUAGUAUUAUUAUCAUAGGUUGUGUAAGCAGUGUUGUUGUUUUUGGUAUUGUAUUAGGAUCCCCAUUAGCUGUUGCGAAAGCAGCAGCUACUCUUCCUGGGGUCCACACACAACAUGAAACAUUACUUAAUACAGAACAUUAAUAGACAAGAACAGUUCAAGGACAGAACUACAUACUUUUAAAAACUGCACACAUAGCCUACAUAUCAAUAAAUACAACAAAAAAAAAAUCUAGGUCAGAUUGAGGAGAGGCGUUGUGCCGUGAGGAGUUGCUUUAUCUGUUUUUUUGAAACCAGGUUUGCUGUUCAUUUGAGCAAUAUGAGAUGGAACGGAGUUCCAUGCGACAAUGGCUCUAUAUAAUACUGUACGCUUUCUUUUACGGACUGUGUUGUUGGACUAUGUGGACUAUGUUGUAGGUAGCAUUAUCCCCGUGGGGUGCUAUCUCUGUUUGAGUGGCAGCUCGAAGCUCGGCUCAGCCUCAGGCCUGUUUGACUAAGCAUUAAGUGAUUUUAUGUGUCUGUUCAUUUUCUUGAUUUCUUUGUUUGGGGUCCAAUAGCCACAGUUCAGCACUGCCCAAACAUGUCUAUAUAAAGACUGUUACAAUUCCCCCCAGUGGUCUCCCCCUUACUAAUACUGAGUGCACAACUUUCAAACAGUUCCCCCCACUCCUCCCUACCAGCCGGAGUAUGUGAGCUGAGCGUAGCUGGAGCAGAGCUAGGAGUCCAAUUUGACUGGAGCGCAAAGCGAGAUUCCCAAAGGCUGGAUGUAGGCCUUCUCGCCAGCUCCAAUUUCGCUCCAAGUAGCGCUCACUUCAGGAGCUCAGGGCAUGCCCGACCCAGCAUGCAAUUGUAGUCUUCUUGUUUGCUGCUAAUAGCCCCUUGCUUUAGUUACUGUCAUGGAUGUUCGCUAAAUAUUUUCACAAAGAAACUGAUAAAACACACAGGUGCUAAAUCAAGGUGACUUACAAAGAUGAGGACCAAGAGCAAGAGAGGGAGUGCGGCGAUGUUGUGUCCGCUGUUAUGUGUUAGGGUUGGAUGCCACCUGCUGGUAUGGUGCUAAACUGUUAGGUUAUAGACCAGAUGCCAUUGUUCUACGCGCAGGAUAUGGCAGUUGUUACACGCUGGCUACAUGAAACAUCCACAACUAAAGAAUCAUUGUGGGAUCUGAAAAUACACUUAUUGGUGUACUUAUUACUACGUGCUGAAAGAAAGGAAUGAGGUGGGUAGAUAACUAAGUGUGUCAUUGUAGCAAAGUUUUAAUAAACUAAAAAUCAGAUCUCUUAAACGUUUCGUUCAUUUUCGUUCUAUUACCUAAACAAUAGGCCAUAAUUGAUUUUGGCCCAAAAGGCCCUAUUUGAAAUUAUAUGUUCGCUUCUUACAUUCAACUUGUUUAUUCAAAUACUUUUCAUUCAAAUCCCAUAUGGUUUCGUUUCAAUACAUAAAAAAAACAAAUGGAAGGUCCAGGUAGUCACAAAAAUAGAUGGGUGUUGGUUAAAUUGUGAUUUUAAUGAAUGGAGCAAAUUUGGAGCGGGAGUGGUUUUUGAGUGUGGAACGGUUUUUAGCAGAGCAUUAGGAGAGGACCGGAGCAGAUCAGUGAUGAGCUGGAUUUCCAACCACUCAACUCACAUACUCUGCUACCAGCGAGCGAGACAAAGUUUGAGGAUAUUUUUUUUCAACGAAAGCAGAGAACGAACAGUAAUGUUACGAGUAAAGUAGGAGGUCCAGGUUUCAAUAGGCGAUAAGAUAUUGUUUUCAUCAACGUGUAUAUAUUUGGCCCGGUGAAGCGGUUUUAUGCGCUGACUGAAUGGAAGCUGAUCAUUACCUGUAUGAGUUUUUUUUACUCCUUCUACUUCACCAGCUGUCAUCAUCUGCAGCUCUAUGUUGAGGAACAUCACGGUUCCCGGGGCAAAAACCCUGUGCUAUCCCGGAGCACGGGUACAGGACAUCACAAGGUUGUUUCCUACCGUUCUACGACAGCUGCCAGGGGAUGACGCUGUUGUAGUCCAUGUGGGGGUCAAACGACAUAAGGAGGGCUAGCUCGGAACUGCUGAACAUUUAUUUUUAAAUAAUUGAUUCUAGCUCUGAAAUAUGCUGUUGAAGUAAUAUGGCUACAGGUUCACCUGCCUCACCCAAAGCCCAUUCUGGUGGGAGGCUGCUAUAGACCACCAAGUGCUAACAGUCAGUAUCUGGGUAAUGUGUGUCAAAUGCUUGAUAGUAUAUUUGAAAUCAACAGAGAGGUAUAUUUUCUGGGUGACCUAAAAAUUGACUGGCUUUCAUUUACAUUUACAUUUAAGUCAUUUAGCAGACGCUCUUAUCCAGAGCGACUUACAGGAGCAAUUAGGGUUAAGUGCCUUGCUCAAGGGCACAUCGACAGAUUUUUCACCUAGUCGGCUCGGGGAUUAGAACCAGCGACCUUUCGGUUACUGGCACAACGCUCUUAACCGCUAAGCUACCUGCCGCCCCUUUCACCUGCCGCCCCUUUCAUCAAGCUGCCCACUCAAGAAAAAGCUUCAAACUGUAACCAGUGUCUGCAACCUGGUUCAGGUUAUCAGUGAAUGUACCAGGAUAUUUACAAACAGCACAGGAAUUAAAUCAUCCACAUGUAUUGAUCAUAUCUUUACUAAUACUGCAGAACUCUGCUCUAAAGCAGUAUCCAACUCCGUCGAAUGUAGUGAUCACAAUAUAGUAGCCAUAUCUAGGAAAACCAAAGUUCCAAAGGCUGGGCCUAAUACAGUGUAUAAGAGGUCAUACAAUACGUUUUGUAGUGAUCCCUAUGUUUAAGAUCUGUGGUGUGUAAUGAGGAGCAACCAGACGCUGCACUUGACACAUUUAUGAAAUUGCUAAUAAGCAUGCACCCAUUAAGAAAAUGACUGUAAAAACUGUUAAAUACCUGUGGAUUGAUGAGGAAUUAAAAAAUGGUAUGGUUGAGAGGGAUGAAGCAAAUAAGUCUGGCUGCACAGCCGUUUGGCAAACGUACAGUAAAUUGAGAAAUCAUGUGACUAAACUGAACAGAAAGAAGAAUAAAACUGCACUAUGAAACAAUGAUAAAUUAAGUAAAUUAUAUAAAGAAUGAUAGUAAGAAGCUUUGGAGCGCUUUAAAUGAAAUUUUGGGCAAAAAGGCAAACUCCGCUCCAUCAUUCAUUGAAUCAGAUGGCUCAUUCGUCACAAAACCCACUGAUAUUGCCAACUACAUUUAAUUAUUUUUUUUCAUUGGCAAGAUUAGCAAACUUAGACAUGACAUGCCAGCCACAAAUUCUGAACCUUCAUAUCUAUGCAUAACUCACCAAGAAAAACAUUUGUAAUUUUGCAUUCUGUAAAGUGAGUGUGGAAGAGGUGAAAAAAGUAUUGUUGUCUAUCAACAAUGACAAGCCACCUGGGUCUGACAACUUGGAUGGAAAAUUACUGAGGAUGAUAGCGGACGAUAUUGCCACUCCUAUUUGCCAUCUCUUCAAUCUAAGGAUACAGGAAAGUGUGUGCCCUCAGGCUUGCAGGGAAGAAAAAGUCAUUCCACUACCCAAGAAUAGCGAAGCACCCUUUACUGGCUCAAACAGCCGACCAAUCAGCCUGUUACCAACCCUUAGUAAACUUUUGGGAAAAAAUGGUGUUUCACCAGAUAUUUCACAGUAAACAAAUUAACAACAGAUUUUCAGCACGCUUAUAGGGAAGGGCAUUCAACAUGUACGGCACUUACACAAAUGACUGAUGAUUGGCUGAGAGAAAUUGAUCAUAAAAAGAUUGUGGGAGCUGUUUUGUUAGACUUCAGUGCAGCUUUUGACGUUAUCGAUCAUAAUCUGCUGCUGGAAAAACGUAUGUGUUAUGGCUUUACAUCCCCUGCUAUAAUGUGGAUCGAGAGUUACUUGUCUAACAGAACACAGAGAGUGUUUUAAUAAUCCAGGUAGAGUCAGGCAUUCCCCAGGGCAGCUGUUUAGGCUGUUUUCCAAAUGUGUGGCAAGAAAUACGUUUGUCCUAAAUAUUUCUAAAACUAAAAGCAUUGUAUUUGGGACAAAUCAUUCACUAAACCCUAAACUUAAACUAAAUCUUGUAAUGAAUAAUGUGGAAAUUGAGCACAUACUUCUCCCCAUCUUAGCUACUGUUGUAUCAAUAUGCUUUGACCAUGACAGUCUACAAUCCAGGGUUACUCCAAGCAGUUUAGUCUCCUCAACUUGCUCAAUUUCCACAUUAUUCAUUACGAGAUGUAGUUGAGGUUUAGGGUUUAGUGAAUGAUUUGACCCAAAUACAAUGCUUUUAGUUUUGGAAAUAUUCAGGACUAACUUAUUCCUUGCCAACCAUUCCGAAACUAACUGCAACUCUUUGUUAAUAAUAAUAAUAUGCCAUUUAGCAGACGCUUUUAUCCAAAGCGACUUACAGUCAUGUGCGCAUACAUUUUUACGUAUGGGUGGUCCCGGGGAACGAACCCACUUCCCUGGCGUUACAAGCGCCAUGCUCUACCAAUUGAGCUACAGAGGACCACAGGACCACAUAUUUCAGUUGCUGUAGUAGCUGACGUGUAUAGUGUUGAGUCAUCCGCAUACAUAGACACACUGGCUUUACUCAAAGCCAGUGGCAUGUCGUUAGUAAAGAUCGAAAAAAGCAAGAGGCCUAGACAGCUGCCCUGGGGAAUUCCUGAUUGAAGGUCCCCAAGAACACAGUGGCCUCCAUCAUUCUUAAAUGGAAGAAGUUUGGAACCACCAAGACUCUUCCUAGAGCUGGCCACCCGGCCAAACUGAGCAAUCUGGGGAGAAGGGCCUUGGUCAGGGAGGUGACCAAGAACCCGAUGGUCACUCUGACAGAGCUCCAGAGUUCCUUUUUGGAGAUGGGAGAACCUUCCAGAAGGACAACCAUCUCUCCAGCACUCUACCAAUCAGGCCUUUAUGUAGAAUGGCCAGACGGACGCCACUCCUCAGUAAAAGGCAAAUUGACAGCCCGCUUGGAGUUUGCAAAUGGCACCUAAAGGACUCUCAGACCAUGAGAAACAAGAUUCUCUGGUCAGAUGAAACCAAGAUUGAACUCUUUGGCCUGAAUGCCAAGCGUCACAUCUGUAGGAAACCUGGCACCAUUCCUACGGUGAAGCAUGGUGGUGGCAGCAUCAUGCUGUGGGGAUGUUUUUCAGCGGCAGGGACUGGGAGACUAGUCAGGAUCGAGGGAAAGAUGAACGGCGCAAAGUACAGAGAAAUCCUUGAUGAAAACCUUCUCCAGAGCACUCGGGACCUCAGACUGGGGCAAAGGUUCACCUUCCAACAGGACAACGACCCUAAGCACACAGCCAAGACAACGCAGGAGUGGCUUCGGGACAAGUCUCUGAAUGUCCUUGAGUGGCCCAGCCAGAGCCUGGAGUUGAACCCGAUCGAACAUCUCUGCAGAGACCUGAAAAUAGCUCUGCAGCGACGCUCCCCAUCCAAUCUGACAGAGCUUGAGAGGAUCUGCAGAGAAGAAUGGGAGAAACUCCCCAAAUACAGGUGUGCCAAGCUUGUAGCAUCAUACGCAAGAAUACUCGAGGCUAUAAUCGCUGCCAAAGGUGCUUCAACAAAGUACUGAGUAAAGGGUCUGAAUGCUUAUGUAAAUGUGAUAUAUAAAUAAAUAAUAUAUAUAUUAGCAAACAUUUCUAAAAACCUGUUUUUGCUUUGUCAUUAUGGGGUGUCGUGUGUAGAUUGAGGGGAAAAAACAAUUUAAUAAAUUUUAGAAUAAGGCUGUAACGUAACAAAAUGUGGGAAAAAGUAAAGGGUUCUGAAUACUUUCCGAAUACACUGUAGAUAUGUGGUAGUAGAGUAGUGGCCUGAUGGCACACACUUAAUGUGUGGUGAAAUCUGUUGUGAAAUGUAAUGUAAUGUUUUUUUAAUUGUAUAUAACUGCCUUAAUUUUGUUGGACCCCAGGAAGAGUAGCUGCUGACUUGGCAGCAGCUAAUGGGGAUCCAUAAUAAAUACAAAUAUUCCGCUGGUCUCGGCUGGUCUCGGGAAGAAAUGACAAGUCCUCACUGUCCGAGAGUCAAAAUGAGUCAAAAUGUAUCCGACACCGGGACAAGACCAAGACAGUCAAUAUGUGGUCUCGAGACUGGACUCGAGUAUUACAACACUGUUAGAAAUAGAUCUGGGACCAAGGCUAAGUCAAACUUUCAAAAUUAUUAAAUGACAUGACAGGAAUUUCUUUUAAAAUCUCUCCUUCUACAGUGGUGAAGGAUUUUGUCCUGGUGGGCCAACACACCUGUCCCAAAACAGCAAUGAAAGAGAUCGAUGAACUCUACACUGUUUUCAAUGGGAUCUGCAAGAAGUGGAAGACUGAGGUUAGUUGAUUUAAAUCGUUCAGAUAACAUUACUAGAAGCUCCUCAGAUUUCUCUAAUCUUAUUCCUUCCUCUUCUCCUGAUAAUUAACUAUUCCAUUGAGGUCAUUGAGGUCAACUUACUGUAACUUCCUGUUUUGUGUUUUGUUUUGUUUUGAUACGGUUCAUCCGUCCUCCUCUAGAAUGUGGUGAUCUUAGGGGACUUGAAUGCAGCCUGCAGCUACAUCACCGCCAGGGGCUUCAGAGCGGUGCGUUUGAGGAGCGACCCCAAGUUCCGCUGGCUGAUUAGAGAUGAACAGGAUACAACUGUCCGGCAGAAGACACACUGUGCAUACGACAGGUCAGGUGACCCACACAAUAGAAUCAUUGGACAAGACUUGUAUGUGUGCUGGUACAUGUGUUCUGUACGUUUUUAUCUGUGGGUGAAGCUUCUUCUUCUUCUUCUUCUUCUUCUUCUUACUAUAAUCAUGAUAUGCCUCGUCUCUAUAUACGUCCCACUCCAGGAUAGUUUCUUCUUACUAUAAUCAUGAUAUGCCUCCUCUCUAUAUACGUCCCACUCCAGGAUAGUUAUCCACGGCAGAGAGAUGAUCUGUGGGAUAGUUCCAGAUUCGGCUAAACCGUUCAACUUUAAAGAGGAGUUCCACCUUACCGAAGACGAGGUAACUUAACUUCUCAGACACUGACAUUUUGAAAUCAGUUGAAAUGUAUGAUAUAAGUUGAAAUCAACCUGUAUUCUUUUGAUUGACUGAUUUUAUAUUAUUUGUUUGUUUACAUUUAGGCGUUGGAAGUCAGUGACCACUUCCCAGUAGAAGUUGACCUGAAGCCCAACCAUCGGUACCUCCUGCGCCAUGAACUUUAGACCCCCCCCACUGCACCAUCAACAUUACGAACAACCAUUGCGAUCAUGUUUUUACUCCCGAUUAUUUCAGUUGUAUUUAUUUAUUUCAAUUUAUUUUAGGUACUUAAAUUAAAUGAUGUAGGAGUUUUGAAAAAAUUAUAGGGAUUGUUGUUGGAUUGUUGUUGGAAUUUAUACUGUAUCAAACUGUAUUUACUAUUAUGAAAAAUAAACAUGCUAUAUCUUUGUCUGCACAGAGA